AUGCUCUACGUGCUCCGCCUCACCGUGACAUCGCUCCUCGCCUUCCUCCGCUCCCUGCCCUCCGUCGCCGCCCACGUCCUCGACAUCUUCUGCGUUGACGCCCUCGACGCCGCCGCGGAGGCCAGCGUCCCGGCGUUCCUCUACUACGCCUCCUCCUCCACCUACGCCGCCAUGUUCCUCCGCAUCCCCCAAUACUUGGCCACGACGGAGCGGGAAUUCAAGGACAUGGGCAAGGACGAGCUCAUCCGCUUCCCUGGCGGCCCGCCGGUCCCGGCGUCGGAUAUGGCGCGCUCUGUGCUAGUCCAUGGGACCUGGGCAUUCGCCUUGCGGACUGGGCACCACGCGCGCUCCCCGGAGGCAAAGGGCUUGCUAAUCAACACCUACGAGUGGCUGGAGGCCAGGGCGGUGGGAGCGCUCAGGGACGGCGCGUGCGUCCAUGGCCGGCCGACCCCGCCGGUGUACUGCAUUGGGCCGUUGACCUUGGAAGGCGAGGCCAAAGGCGAGUGGCACGCGUGCUUGUCGUGGCUCGACGCGCAGCCGGACCGGAGCGUGGUGUUCCUCUGCUUCGGCAGCUUGGGCGCCGUGUCGGCGGCGCAGCUGAAGGAGAUCACGCACGGGCUCGAGAACUCCGGUCAUCGGUUCCUUCAUCCGGACAAAAUUCUUCCUGCCGCGUCCGGAGCCAGACCUGGACGCGCUCCUCCCGGAGGGGUUCCUAGAGAGGACGCGAAAAAGGGGUUUGGUGCUGAAGAUGUGGGCGCCGCAGGUGGACGUGGACAUGCGCCGCAGGUGGACCUGGACGCGCUCCUCCCGGAGGGGUUCCUAGAGAAUACUUGCCGCUAG